GGAAGGACAGGAAAGAAAGAAAGGUCUGAGAAUCAGCACUUAUAAGGGCCCCUUGGAGUCCAUCAGGCGGAUCUCCAGACUGAAGGGAGGUGGGUGGACAUGAUGAGGAUGAACAAGGACAGUAGAAAAAUGACUGGCCUAGACUACCACCAUGAAAAUUUCAAAUCCUACUUGGAAGAGAGUUUAAAUUCAAACAGGUUCAUGAAGGAGGUCUGUAGAUUGUUGGCAUGUAGCAAGUAGGAUGGUCCAUGUUUGCACAAACAGCUCGGUUACAACAUUUCAUGUAUUAGGAAAUAGAACGUUAUAUGAAUAAUUAUGUAUGAACAUAAAGUAAACAGUUAGUAGCUACAUAACAUCUUUUACACAUUUCAUAGAUAUAUAUAUAUUGUAUUAGAUGUGUAAAAAUAUGUUUCUGACAUAUAAAAUUGACUCAAGACCAGUUUCCUUAUUCAAGAACAUACAUAGUGACUUUCAUUAUAAUCUCAUCAUUUAGAAAACAGUUACUACAUAAAUAAUCUAACUGAAGACAGUUUGAAGUAGAUAUUACUGUACAUUAUUAUGUACAAACACAUGCCGAAGUAAGAAUGUUAAGUCCCUGGUACUUAUUAAGCAUUAUCACAUGGAGGUGUGAGUUAUAGUUCAACUUAUUCUUCAGUUCAGUAUUAAGAACCCAAGGAUAUUGGACAAAGAAUUUUUUAGAUUGCAAUGUAGGAAUUUCUAGGGUUUGUGCUAGUGCCAACAUUCUGUAAUUCACGCACAGGUAAGUGCCUGUUCAAUUAUGUAACAAAACUUUAUUUUGUCAAUUAGAAGUAUAAAUUACUGGCCUAUUCUUCGAUAAAUGCAAGCCACACAAUUAAGUUGUGAUUAGUUUUAUUACUACUUAUAGUCACUAUUUGAACAAUCUGCUUUCGCAUUUCGUUGUAUAAUGGCGUUCUCCACGAAGACGAGUAGUCCGAAAAACCAGUAACUAGCAACGUAACGAUCAAAGAGGGUUUGACGAUACAGUUUAACCAAAUGUAGCAUAUUGAUAAAUUUAACUCUUAUAAUGUAGGCAUAAUUUCUGCUUCCGUAUACGAAGAAUAACUCAUUUUCUGAGUAUGAAAUGGACAUCAGAUUUAAGUAUUACACAGAUUGUGUUACAUAUGUUAACUUGAAGAAAGAAAGUAAUGCAGUCAAAGUGGACCCAGACUUGGACAGGGAGACACGGUUUUGUCAGUCAAGUUGCACGCAGGAAAGUAAAACGGGAAUAAAUAUCCUGAACACAGCGGCGGUGCGUUACGUACGUACCAGGAUCUUGUCACCGAUCAACUCUAGGAUUGCUUGCUGUUUGUCUGCGACUACUACACCAGAGUUGCUGGAAUGUUAAUUAAUCUUCCACUUUACGGGGACAACCGUUGCUGUCCUGUGUAUGGGCAUUCAUUUGUUGUGUGGCUUCGCGUCCUCGCCGCUAGGUGGCCGUGGAAUCGCGUCGUGUCCAUUGAGUGACGUGCUGUUCCCGUCAGUGUUAGAGGUGCUAACGGUGUGUGUAUGUCUGCCGCUUGAACCGUUCGGGCAUGAUGCAGGCGGCGGUGGGCCUCGAGGAUCCGAGGUCGCAGUUAGUUUUGGCCAGCGCCCCCGCAUCUGAGGAUGAAGACAGGCUAGUUCAUGUGGCAGACCAGUGCUGCCUCAACCUGGGGUUCGACGACGGCUGGUGCCUCACGGAUGAGGAGCCACUGGACCCCGCAGAACUGAGUACCUCUGGCGCACCAACGUGCCCUGAGGAACUGAGUCAUUCUGAUAGACCACCGCCCCCUGCAGAACUCAGUGACUCUGCAGAACUGUGUGGCUCCGAUAGACCAUCGUCGUCCCCAGCGGAACUAAGUCACUGUGAUGCUGCACGCUCGGAACUGCCGGCUGAAGAGAGCAGGAGGGAGUCGAGUGACGAAAUCGACUGGAGCUGGUUGGCAGCGCUGGAAGCACAUCGCAUGUCCCGUGACGAGUCGCCGCGGCCGGCCAGCGCGUGGCUGCGAUCAUCCAUGCGCCGUGUACGCCCUUUCCGCCUGUCUGAGCCUCCCUCCAUCCCCGCCUCCAGCGCUCCGCUUGGGCCUCUCGCCACCCCCGAUACCGUCCUUCACAUCCUGGCUCACAACAACCGCCGCCCAAACUCCGCACCAGGGGGCGGCGUCUCGCGAGCCAGACGGGACUUCCCCCGGCGGUACAGCAGUUACAACGCCGCAGCCCUGGACAGCAGUGUAACCAACCUGACGCAAGCUGCAGAGCCUGUGGCUGUUGAGUCCCCCAGUUCUGAUGAGGAAGACGAGGAUCUGUCAAGUGCCAGUGACGGAGCACAGACCUCUGGGGCUGAACAGGCCACUGACAGCUUUGCCGAGACGAUGAGUAAUGGGACCAGCUCCAGGCAAACCCACGAGCCCGAGAUACAGAACAGCCCGCUCGGGGCCUGGCCCCACGGUCUGAGCUCCAUGCUAGCCAGCCUCGGCUGCACCCUGGGACUCUUUAAUAUAAGCCGCUUUGCCAUCCUCAGUGUUCAUUUUGGAGCCAACUUCAUUGUUCAGUUUCUGUUCCUCACGCUGGUGAUUGGCAUCCCGCUGUUCACGCUGCACACCUGCCUCGGUCAGUGCCUUGGCGCUGGUGUCAUGGACAUGUGGCACAUAUCUCCCAUCUUUCAGGGAAUUGGCAUUGCGCUGCUCAUAUCGCAAGCACUCAUCGGAAUAUACAGCGUCGUGGGAGUGUCUUGGAUGUUCAUAUACUUCCGAGACUCCUUCAUCACGAAACAAGACAGCUACCGGUGGGCCGAGCCUUACGACCCGUACCGAGAAGAGAGCCAUACCACAAAGAACGUGUCAUGGAAACUGGAAGAGACAGUACCAGACUACUUCAAUGGCAUUGUGCUGCAGCGCCACAACCUGGAAAUGCCUGAAAGUUCAUUUGGACAUCUCAAGUUUCAGGUGGCAUUUAACCUGGCCGUCGUGUGGAUGAUUGUCUUCGUCUCCCUCAGCAAAGGUCUCAAGUCGUAUGGGAAGGUGGUGUAUGUGUUCUCAUUGUUUCCUGUGUUUGGGACACUGGUACUAUGCACAAAGCUGCUGGGUCUGGUGCCUACAAACACGAAGCACCAAGUGUUCCCCCAGACUGCGUGGGGUGAGUUCUUUCUCAACACUAAGUGCUGGGUGGCUGCCACUGCAGAGGUAUUCUCUACGUGGGGGCUGCUUGGAGCCACUGCUAUGCAGAUCACUUCCCACAACCGGCACAAGCACCUCCUGAACCGUGACACCACUCUUGUGGUUGUGCUGACUCUCGCCGUGCUGCUGCUCGCAGCUUUCCUCGCCAGCACGUGCGUCAACAUACUGCAUAGCCAAGGCUUCACAUACAUUCCUAGCUCCUUUGAGCACGUGUCAACAUACGGAUUCCUGCAGCCUGACUCCGAGCCGCUGCCCCCGUCAGUGGCUGGCACUCCUGUCCGCUACAUGACUCAUACUGUGUUGAUUGCUGGCAGCAGAGUGACUCUGCCUGGUGUGGACCCUCGACAGCAGAGCGGGUACCAAGUCCUGCGGCUUGCGACGGAGCUGGUACCGUCCACUCUGGCACUGCUUGGUGCCGAUGUUGUCUCACCGUUCUGGGCCGUUCUCUUUUACUUUGUCCUCAUUCUGUUCGGCAUUGCACAGCAGCUGUGCAUUUGGCACUGUGUUAUCACUGGCAUCAUGGCGAUCAGUGCUGCCUCUCUGAAGUCCUGGGAGACGACUAUCACGUUCUUCAGUUGUGUCUGCGGCUUCAUCCUUGGCCUCCCCAUGACAACUGAGCUGGGGAUAUUUGUGGUGCACUUCCUGGACUACACUAUUGGGUGCUCCUGGUGGCUUAUGGUGCUGUACCUGCUUGAGAUUCUGGCCGUGUUUGUGGUGCGAGGUCGGCCUUACAGCGGCGAGACUGUGGUGACGACUAUGUUUAGCCGUAGUGCUGGGUGCCUGCAGGCAUGGGCUGCACCUCUGCUCAUCUUCACCUGGAACGUCAUUUUACCUGUUGCCCUCGUGGUGACUUGCAUCACGGUGUUCAAGAACGGCCAGUUCCGAGAUCUGUACAACUGGCAUAGCGUCACUUACAACUACUGGCCUGUGUGGACACGUGAGGUGGGAUGCAUGCUACAACUUCUGCCCAUCAUACUUGUUCCGUUUGUCUGCAUCGUGCAGACUUUCCGAUACUUGUCCAUCGGGCCUCCUGAUAUCUUGGAUCGCAUCCAGCUGCUGUACCGGCCACCCAUAUCCCGACAAGAUUCAUUAGAGCCCCCCAACUCUCCUCCAAAUUCAGCCACCUUAGUACCACCCGUGGUAAAUACGACUGCUACCAGUCUGGCCCCAGAAGCAACCGUGACAACCGAGGACCCACCACCCAAGUACACUCCACCGCCUUCCUACACCACUGCCACUGGAGCAAGGAUCGCCAAACUUUUACGGCAGAGUUUCCGCCGCAGCAUGCGUCGAUUGGCAGGUGCACUGGGAGACAAUGGCACCCUACCCCCUCCCCCUGACUACACUGCAGUCCUUGUGGAAAUAAACAGGACACUGCAAGACCACAGUGAACAUUUGCCAGAGCCAUCUUCUGCCCAUCCAGUGCACACGUCUACGAUGACUGCGACAGACGUGGCGUGUAUCCUUAGGAGCAGUCUUCGACGUUCUGUCAUGAGGAACAGGGAUAUUGAACACCUGGUGGACGGGGCUGUCCCUGUCCAUCAUGAUGUGGCAUUGCCCACAACAAGAGCAGGGUCUGACUCAAAACCUGAAGCUGAAAGCACAUCUGUGAUAUGAAAUAUUUGUCACCAUUUCUGAUCUGACAUCCGUCCACGCUGUUGCCGCUUUGUACAAUGCUUUUUCUAAAAGUCUCCUUACAUCCUAUGUACAAGCAUGGCAUGGACAUUUUCAUGGUGUCUGUGUCCUGGACUGCAUUAAAUUUCUUUAUACUCCUAAUUUAAACAUCUAAUAGAAUUGUUAAAUCCCACUUACAUUGAACUGUCGUGCUUGCUGCAAGACCUGAAAUUCUAGAGAAACAAGAAAUACUUUAACAUUGAAAAUAUCUCCUUGGUUUCCAUUCGUGACAUGGUCAGUGGGAUGGUGAGUGAAUGAGCGUGGAGUAAUGUAAAUACAAAACAGUCGCUGUUGUGGAGCUGUUUAAACAGCACAUAAAGUAGACAAGCAGUGGUAUUUCAGCAGACAGGUAAUCUGUCAGUUUGUCCAUAAACAGUGAGUGCAGACAUUUUUGAAAAUAUGAGAAUUUGUAUGUUCGUGCCAAGAUGGUGUCUCAUUCGUUUGAUUCUACAAACUGAUGAGGCUGCAUUUAAAUUGUGUUUCUUGCUGAAACAUUAUGUACCAAUAAGCGACAUAAGACUCCUUCAACAAACAGCACCCAGUUCCUCAUAUCACUGCUCCCAACCAUGACAGACAGGCAUAAUAUUAUGACUUUUAAAACUUCGUUAAAAUUCACAAAAACUAUGUCUCCAUUUUAAAAAAUAUUUGUGUUCUAUGAUUUUUUAAGGCAGGAACAAAAUUCACAUCCAAAGUUCCGUACAGUUUUUAAAUUGAUUCCUUUCCAAACAAACUUUUCAGAGGAAAAGGAAUUGUAAACAACUGUGGCAUCAAGGUAAGUAGCAUCGAAGUACCAAUAUUUGUUGUGCACAGACUGACUGAACUCUAUUCCGUCCAAGUCAAUGGCUGCUGCGUUCAAGAGUAACCUUCAAAUGGGACAUACAGAUCUCAGUGACGGAGCCCUUGUGGGUAACAUCCUUCAUCAAGACAUCACAACGAAUCAUACCAAAGUGUACUACAUAAGUGUGUUUAUAAUGUGUGUGUGUGUACAAAAAGACAAUAAAAAAUAUCUCAAAUCAGAUGACGCAUGAAGAUGACUGCCUUCCGGGCUGUUGUGCCAUGUAGUGUGGUAGAAGUUUAUUCACAUUUCAGAGUUACUUGCCGCCUUCAUGAAGGAGGUAAGCGACAUCUGUAAACUACUUCUAGACCAUGUGAUACAACAAUCCAAAAGACAGUCUUCAUACUCACCACUGUCAUAACCUGAAAUCUCACCAAAUACAUUAUUUUGUAAGCAUGUGUGAUUUCAAUUAAGUAGAAUCUAAUCACAUUUGAAAAAUAUACAUGUUUCAUGUUACUGGCACUUGAUUGAUCUGGAAAUUUUAUAAGAGACUUUGCUCUAUCCACUGUUUUUCUCUUCUUCCAUAAUAAACAAGCCCCUACAAAUGUG